AUGCAAUGGAUCGAUUUACUACAGUAUCUACCAAUAUCAUUAAUACUAAUUACUUUUAUCAUUCUUGGCCUUAAUCAUCUUUGUUUUACUUCAUUUAUAAGUCCAACAAAUUUUCAACAGCUACCAAUACUAGGAAUUUUAUGCAUAAUAUUUGAUGGUCUUGCAAAUCACAUAUAUUAUUUCGUUGAUAUCAUUUUAUCCGGUGAUUAUUUAUCAUUUGAUUCAUGGACUGCAUUUUAUUUGGGUAUCUUAAAUGGUUUACAUCUUCUUAUCACUAGUCCAUUAUUAUAUCAGCAAUAUUUCUCGCUAUCAUCAUGUCGACGUUUACGUGAAUCGCUCGUAAUUCACGUAGGACUUUUUGGUCUUCUAAUUAGCGCAAUUCUUAUGUCACCUUAUUUAUUUAAUGAUAAGAUUAAUUGGUUUUGUCCGAGAAAUUCAUUUUCAAUAUUUGAUAUGAGCCAAGAAAAUAUGCCACCAGAAAUAGAUAAUGGAUUAUUUCCAUUUCUCAUUACUGCAUUAUUAUCACUUAUCACUUCAUUUGCUAUCAUUCUAACUCAGCUUGCAUUGAUAAAUUUGAUUUGGGAAGAUUUCUUAAGAUUAUCACUAAUCCGACGAUCACUUCAACAACAAAUUGUUUCAAUACAGGUUAGUUUAUUGCAAUUUGUUGAUCUAUAA